AAAAGAGGAGAGAGAGUGAAAGAGAGAGUGCUGAUCAGGUAAAGGUGAGGCUGGCAAGGAGGAAGUUAAAGGGUGAAGCAGAAAUGGAGGAGGGAACUGGUGCAAAAUGAUGGAAAGGACCGAUGAGACAGAGAGGGGAUGAGUCUGGGCUGAAUUUUAAGUUUUAUGGGAAGACUUAGAAAAAGGUUUUAUUUGUAAUAGUCAUUUUCAGCCUUCACACAACAUGAGGAGAGACAGGAAGUGACUUCUGUUCUGCUAUCAAAGUACAGGAGUGACCGUUUCAACUCAUCAAAGAGGCUCCUGGACUGGUGAUGUCACGUGAACGGCUGCCUCUGAUUGGUUCAUCUGGGAGUAAAGCAACAGCCAAGCCACCCCUCUCCUCCCAUCUGGCUAAACACCAAAAGCGCAGUCAGCAUCAAACAUCUUCCUCCUCCUCCUCUCAUCCUCAUCCAGGGCCUUCCUCCAUGCUCCUCUCAGACACCACCAUGACACCUUGGGUGGGGCUCGCUCUCUCUGAAUCCUCCUUUACGUCAAUCCCCCCACCUCCGCCUCCACCUCCACCUGCUCCUCGGCCCACUCCGUCUACCCCUUAUCGUGGGAGACAGAACAAAGAUGAAAAAGUUUCAAGUUCCAGUUUGAACUCUGAGGUUCCAUCUCCACCUGUUGCAGUUCCUCAGGACGGUGCAGAGGGAGGGGGCAGAGGGUUGCCUGCGAGGCGGAGGGUUUUGCCCCAGAAUCGGGUACCUCGUCCUCCCCGUCUCCCACCGCUGCGUCCUGUCACCAACCUCAGUUUCUCUCGGAGCUUCACCUUCUCUUUCUUCGAGCUGCCCCUGCACCAGUCGCCCCGCUGCCGUGCCGAACGCAUCAGAAACCUCAUGCUGCUUUUGAGACAGAUACACUACUGAGGAAACCAGAGCCUGGACAACCAGGACACGCGAAUCUGCUUUUCUCAAAUGUAUUGUUUUGUGAAAAAAUAUAUAGAUUUAUUUCUGUUAGUUAGACAUCUUUUUCUUGAAUUUUUCUAGAGGCUGCUGUUUAUUCUUAUCCCAAUCUGAGGAUCAGUCCAAUUUAUUGUUG